CUAUUUACAAUAGUGUAUAUUUUGACACCACAGUCUCUUUUGUUUCCUUCGAAAACUAACACUUUCUGCUUCACCAUCCCCCUUCUAUAACCUCUCCUCUAUGAUGAACAUGAUGAGUCAGAAAACCAAAAGCAGUAGGAAAAUGGUGAGAAGGGGUUUCAUGUGCCAUUCUCAGGCAUCAACAGCAGUGUGCAUGAGCACACAUGAUAAUCGAUCCGUGGUUGUGCCUAGAAGGCCUGAUAGAAGUGUUUCUCUUGAUGAUUCCAAGUUGAUCAACCCUUCCAAGUACUCCAAACUCAGUGAGUCUCGCAGGUUCAGACCAGUUCCAUUGAUCAAGCAGAGAGGAGAGGACCAUGUUCAAGUCAUGAAUCAGCCAAGGGAACUUCAUAAACCACCAACAGAAAAUGUCUUUCAGGUGGUUGUGAUGAGGGUUGCAAUUCACUGUCAAGGAUGUGCUGGAAAAGUGAAAAAACAUCUCUCCAAGAUGGAAGGAGUCACAUCAAUCAGUAUAGAUAUAGAGUCCAAGAGGGUGACAGUGAUGGGUCACAUAUCUCCAGUUGGAGUUCUUGAGAGCAUUUCAAAGGUGAAAAAGGCAGAGUUAUGGACACCUUCCACCUCUUCUUCCUAAAGCACUUUCAGAGUACCUUAAAUGGCAGCAAAGGAUGUUCAGAGACAGAGAGUUUACAUGUGACAAAAUUUGCCUUUGUCUGCUAAUUUGUUUGCAUCUUCACAUGAACCUGUGACCUUUUGUGGUCCUUAAUACAAUAAAAUUGGGGAAUUGGGGUUGGUAGAAAACUGCUCAAGUUGACUUGGUUCUGGUGUUGAUGUUGUGUGAAAAUUAAAUACUACUGCCUUUGCCCCAUUCCCCUUUGAAUUCUCUUUUUCUUUUCUUUUCUUUUAUGGCAUUCUAUUAUUAUAUCUCUAGUUGCAAUAUUUGAAAUAAUUAA